UGGGGUUGGUAAGGUCGGGCCAUGGUGGGGCAGAGGUUGGGAAGAUGGCGUUGCGAGGUUGGGCACAGCGAGGCUGGGGCUGCGGUCAGGCGUGGGCGCCUCCCGUGUUCGGCGGCUGCCCGGAGCUCUCUGCGGCCCGGGCCCCGCGGCUGCUCGGACGCAGGCUUAACCUAUUUCUUCAGCAAAAAUGUGGAUUUAGAAAAGCACCAAGGAAGGUUGAACCUCGAAGAUCAGACACAGGGUCAAGUGGUGAAGCAUACAAGAGAAGUGCUUUGAUCCCACCUCUGGAAGAAACAGUCUUUUAUCCGUCUCCCUACCCUAUACGAACUCUCGUGAAGCCCUUUUUCUUCACUAUUGGGUUCACAGGCUGUGCAUUUGGAUCAGCUGCUAUCUGGCAAUAUGAGUCACUGAAAUCUAGAGUCCAGAGUUAUUUUGAUGGCAUAAAAGCUGACUGGUUGGAUAGCAUACGGCCACAAAAGGAAGGAGACCUCAGAAAGGAGAUUAACAAGUGGUGGAAUAGCCUAAGUGAUGGCCAGCGGACUGUGACAGGUAUCAUAGCUGCAAAUACUCUCGUAUUCUGCCUAUGGAGGGUGCCGUCGCUGAAUCGAACCAUGAUGAGAUAUUUUACAUCCAAUCCAGCUUCAAAGGUUCUUUGUUCUCCAAUGUUGCUGUCAACGUUCAGUCAUUUUUCCUUAUUCCACAUGGCAGCCAACAUGUAUGUUUUGUGGAGCUUUUCCUCUAGCAUCGUGAACAUUCUUGGCCAAGAACAGUUUGUGGCCGUGUACCUGUCUGCAGGUGUUAUUUCCAAUUUUGUCAGUUAUGUGUGUAAAGUUGCCACAGGAAGAUAUAUGGUAUAUCACUUAUGGUCAUGAACUCAUUUGGAAGAACAGGGAGCCUCUAGUGAAAAUUUGGCAUGAAAUAAGGACUAAUGGCCCCAAGAAAGGAGGUGGCUCUAAGUGAAGCAAAACUGGCCAGUCUGGUACAUCUGCUCCUUGCUGUCUGGAAGACUCCGCAUCCAGCCACCCCAGUGUUUUAAAUGUUCCCAGUACAUGUCUCCUUAGCAAAUUAUGGCAGAGUUGUGAAAUAAACGUUUAUAUCUCUAGUUUGUAAA